UAUUCGAUGGAAUGUAAUUUGAAGUGAGAACGUGCAUUAGUUCGGCUCAAAUUCAGUGUGUCCAGUUGCCAGACAGGUCGACUGCCUGACGUUAAAACUCCGCAUAACAUGGCCGACUCCACUUCGCCUCCUGGGCCCAAAACUCGCUCCGAAGACUCGUUGGAACUCAAUGGGCAUUUGGAAAGAAUGACAGAAGACAUGGAAAACAUAUCUGCGCAGCUGACGUGGAUGGCGUACGACAUGGUGGCCCUGCGGACCAACCCCGAACUGUGGCGUUCCAUGCAGCUUCUAGAGGAGGCUCAUCACAAAUGCUCGGUCGCAGUGGGAGGGGACCCAUUGCAGGAACCCGCUCCCAUUGACACGCCACGCACUCAAAUGUGAAAUUUCCAAUCCAUAAAAGGAGUACUGUGUUGUUAAUUUGUUUCCAAGUACAAGAUAAAAUUCUGAUCUGUACACUCAAAUCAAUCGUACUGCAUGCAUUUCGUUGUAAUGUU